AUGGCUUCAGUCGGCUUUUCGCCAGGUCUGGCCAUUGCGUCAUUGUUCUUUGACCAGCCUUUCUCUGUCUCGCUCUACGACUCUCGCACGACUCUUGUUUUAUCUCUCGAUUUCAGUUCAUUUCCCGCAUUCGAAAUUCAUUUGACGACCCUCACUUUCUUGCUCUAUACUCUCUUUCCCUAUUUGCAUUGGCUAGCUCCAGAUGCUCUCUAG